AUGGCAUCAUCCCGCGCCAAGUUCGUCGCCUUCGUUGCCGUUGCACUAUCCGUGCUCCACAGUGAUGCAGAAGCAGCAGCACUAACAACCUUACGUCAUCGAGAGACAUGGUGCGUCGCCAAGCCUUCAGCGGAGGAGGCUGCGCUGACGGCGAACCUGGAGUUCGCCUGCUCCGAGAGCGACUGCGGCGAGAUCCAGGGCACCGGAGGCUGCACCCACCCCGAAAGCCUGCUGUCACGGGCGUCGAUGGCGAUGAACACCUACUACCAGGCCAGGGGGAGGAACUCAUGGAACUGCUUCUUCAAUGGCACCGGCCUCAUCACCAUCACUGACCCCAGUAAGCAAGGAGAAGGAAGAGUACCUUUUUAUGAGUGUUGGGAGUUCACAUGGCGCCUCUUCUUGUUGCAGGUCUCGGUAGUUCCAAGUAUGUUUGAGCUGGGAUGA